AAAAGGGAAAAUUGGGAAAAUCAGAUUUCUCCCAUAAACCCUAGCCAUUAUCGAAGGAGGAGGAGAAAAACCCUAAACCCCUCUUUCGCACUCUCUUUCUCUCUCCCCAGAAAAUUAGCAGAAAUGGUUUCAAUUGCAUCAAUAAAGAAGAAUAUAGGGAAUUUCACUACUAAACAGAAGAAGAAAGAAGAAGCUCCAAUUGUGAAAAAGAAGAAAAAUGUUGGGAAUUUCAUUACCAAGCAUAAAAAGAAAGAAGAAGCUCCAGUGGUGAAGAACAAAAAGAACAUGAAGAAAAAAAUUGAUGAUUUAUCAUCUGGAGAUGAUGAUUCAGAAGAUGAUGAUGAUUUUGUUAUGUCUGGUGAAAGUUCUGAUGAUUCAGAUGAUGAUAACCCACUUCAAGAUGAUUUUCUCGCAGGAAGUGGAAGUGAUAAUGACGAUGAUGUAGUAAAAGGAAAUAAGGAGUAUGAUUCUGGUUCAGGUUCAGGUUCGGAUUCUGAUGAUUCCGACGAAUCAGACAUAGAGAAGAAAUCGAAAGCCAUCGACGACAAACGAGCUAGGGAAGAGAAGGAAGCAGAAGAGGAAUUACAGAUAAAUAUACAGGAAGAAUCAGAUGAGUUUAGACUGCCAACCCAGGAGGAGCUUGAAAUAGAGGCUCUUGGUCCUCCUGAUCUUCCUGGUAUUCAGAGGAGGAUAAAAGAAAUUGUUCGCGUCCUUUCAAACUUUAGUUCUCUGAAACAAGAAGGGGCGUCAAGGAAAGAUUACACUGACCAACUCCAAAUAGACUUGUCUUCAUACUAUGGCUACAACGAGUUCAUGAUUGGGAUGUUGGUGGAGAUGUUCCCAGUUGUUGAGUUGUUAGGGCUUAUUGAAGCUUUUGAAAAGAACCGUCCAAUGUGUAUAAGAACUAAUACCUUGAAGACACGCAGACGGGACCUUGCCGAUACUCUCUUGAACAGAGGAGUGAACUUGGAUCCUUUGAGCAAGUGGUCAAAGGUUGGAUUACAAAUAUAUGACUCUCAAGUGCCGAUUGGUGCCACUCCUGAAUAUAUGGCCGGUCACUAUAUGUUGCAAAGUUCAAGUUCUUUCUUGCCAGUAAUGGCUCUCGCUCCUCAAGAAAAAGAGAGCAUUGUUGAUAUGGCGGCGGCUCCCGGUGGGAAAACCACUUACAUUGCUGCUCAUAUGAAGAACACUGGGUUAUUGUUUGCAAACGAGAUGAAAAAACAUAGGCUCCAUUCUUUGUCAGCAAAUGUUAGCCGCUUGGGGGUGACUAACACAAUAGUGAUAAACUAUGAUGGAAGAGAGCUUCCGAAGGUAUUGGGAGCCAAUUCACGCGACAGAGUACUACUGGAUGCACCUUGCAGCGGAACUGGGGUGAUAUCCAAGGACGAAUCAGUAAAAUCCACUAAAAGCUUUGAAGAGAUACAGAAGUGUGCGCACUUGCAGCAGCAACUUCUCCUAGCUGCUAUUGAUUUGGUGGAUGCAAAUUCAAAAACUGGGGGAUAUGUUGUGUAUUCGACAUGUUCCAUCAUGGUUAUGGAGAAUGAAGCAGUUGUUGACUAUGCCUUGAAGAAACGAAAUGUAAAACUAGUCUCAUGUGGACUAGACUUUGGAGUGAAAGGGUUCGUCAACUUUAGGCAAUAUCGAUUUCAUCCAUCAUUAGAAAAGACGAGGCGGUUCUACCCCCAUGUGCAUAAUAUGGAUGGGUUUUUUGUGGCAAAGUUGAAAAAAGUAAGUAACACAAACCCCACUCCAAAAUCUGAUAUUCCAUCAGAAAUAGUAGGGAAGGAUGUCGAUGUCAGUGAUGAAGAGGAUGCUGAUCAACCGAAAUCUAAGAAGCGACAGAGGGAAGAAGAUGAUACGCCACAAGAGAAUGGGGAUUCGGGUGACACUAAGAAGAAGCCUUCUUCUAAUCUCGUAGAGAAGAAGAAAAAGACCUCAAAGACGACUAAUAAGGAGAAUGAAAGCGAAGAAUCACCUCCGAAAAAGAGGAAGAAAAGAGUAUUCCCAUCUCGUGAAGAAGUUUCAAAAGCAAGGGAAGAAAAAAGAAACUUGCUCAGGGAAGAAAAAAGAAAUAUGCCCCCGAAAGACAAAAGAGAAGGAGGGUUGAAGAAAAAGAAGGUUGAUGGCAAGAAGAAAGGUCGUAAAUGAUCCUUGAGCAGAACUUCGCAAAACCUUGCUGUCAAGAAUGCUGUUUACUAACAGGAUGAACAGAUUCUAUUAGUUCUAAAGUUUUGUAUCAGUUUAUUUAUUUUUUGUUUCCAAUUUUGUGUAAAAUUUUAGGAGUAAUUUAUAUGUUUUCUCUCUAGUUAAAAUCGAUGUUGUAGAAAAUUUUGGUCCUUCAAACAACUGGAAGGACAGGUCUUGAUUACAGGCACAUUACUCUAAAAUUUUAGUGUAAUUUUUCGAAUUUCAGAUACCUAUUUUUAUCAAACAUGAACUUAUUUGUUGUA